AUGGCACAAUUCAACGAGUUGAAGCAAAGCAUGGAAGAGCUAACGAACAAUUUUCAAGAACUUAUGGCCCGUUUGCAGGAUCCACCUCGUGAUAACGCAAAUGGAAGUCAUCAUGAAGAUGAAGUUGAUGAAACGGAAGAAGAAGCUGCUGCUCGACGUGCAAGAGAACAGCGAAGACUUAGAGAGCGAGCUGCUGCAAAUGCAAGAAGACCUCCACUUCCAGGACGUGGAAAUGGUGGUAGAGGUGCUGGUCGUGACCAUGAGAGAGGUCUUGGACUAGAGGAAAGUGGGAGUGAAGAGGAAGAAGACAAUGAGGUUGAUCAGCCCCAUCAUGAUGACCAUCGACGUCACCGCGGGAAUCGUGGGCGUAAUCAGCCCAACGAGGAGAGGUUUGGCAAGUUAAAAUUCACCAUGCCCAAGUUUGAUGGAGGGUCUGAUCCUGAAGCAUAUCUUACAUGGGAGUUGAAGGUGGAUAAAAUUUUUCGCUUGCACAACUAUUCUGAGCAGAAGAAGAUGGCCAUGGCUGCUCUUGAGUUCGAUGGCUAUGCUCUAAUCUGGUGGGAGCAAAUGCUAAAUGAUAGAGAAGAAGCUGGCCAAGGUGAUGUCCGUUCAUGGGCUGAAAUGAAGAGAGAAAUGAGGGCAAGAUUUGUCCCCAAACAUUAUCGUCGUGAUCUUUUUGACAAGCUACAGAAUCUGAAGCAAGGAAGCCUUAGUGUUGAUGAGUAUUAUAAAGAAAUGGAGAAGGCAAUGAUUAGAGCCAAUGUAUAUGAAGAUGAAGAGCAAUCAAUUGCACGUUUUAUGUCAGGGCUGGAUCGUAAUAUUCAGCGUAUUGUUGAAUUUCAGCAGUACCGCAAUCUUAUUGAGUUGGUCCAUCAAGCAAGCAAAGCUGAACGACAGUUGCAGCAGGACAUGAAGUCCAAUAGAGGAGUAUCUUUCAGCUCGAGAAGUGCCCCAAGUGGAAGCAAAUUCACACCACGAGGUAGUGCAAGUAGAGGUUCAAUUUCCAACUCAAGUGGUGGUGCACGCUCAAGCAAUUUUGGUGCUUCUAGUGGUAAAGAGUUGGCUGCUCCAAAUGAGAGGAACAAAUCAGCAAACUCAUCAUCUACUUCAGUGGGUUCUUCCACCAAGAGUAGUGGGAUUCAAUGCUUCAAUGAUGAAGAACAUGAAGAGAUUAAAGAGGAAGGUAAUCUGGAGCAGGACAUCUGUGAAUUUGAAACUGGAGCUGCUCUUGUUGUAACUCAAAUUUUGAGUGUGCAAAUGAGUGAAGCUGAAAAUGGACAGCGGCACAAUCUUUUCCAAACCAGAGCCAAGGUUGAAGACAAGGUGUGUAAAGUAAUCAUUGAUGGUGGAAGCUGCCACAAUCUUGCUAGCAAGGAAAUGGUUGAAAAGCUUGGUUUAAAGCUGCUGAAACAUCCUCAUCCUUAUCAUGUGCAAUGGCUAAAUAAUUCAGGUUCAAUUAAGAUUGCACAUAGAGUGAAAAUUCCUUUCAAGAUUGGUGAAUAUAUUGACACCGUGGAGUGUGAUGUGGCACCCAUGACAGAAUAUGAAGAUGUUUUUCCAGAGGAGACACCUGCUGGACUUCCUCCCUUGCGUGGCAUUGAACAUCAAAUUGAUCUCAUCCCUGGAGCUGCACUUCCGAACCUUUCAGGUUCAGGAAUUCAAGUUGAUGAAUCAAAGGUGAAAGCAAUCAAGGAUUGGCCGACUCCUGAAAAUGUAAGUCAG